GGUUGGUUCAUUACAAGAACACCAAACCUCACUCCCCAGAAAAAAUCCUACUCACAAGUCUCUAAUUACAUUUUGAUCCUUUACCCAUUCCUCAAAUUCACCUACUACUUUCUGGGUUCCCUUUCGUUUUUUUUUUUACCUCGGCUCCGGUGACUGUAUAUUCUCAGUGCUUUUGCUUCACAAGAAGCCAACAUUUGCAGUAACAAUGGCUAAUGCAGAGCAAGCGGCAGCACAUGAGACAUCACAGUCUCUGAUAGAUCAGCUUGGUAUGGCAUUACUGGAACUACAUGCUCAUAAUCACACCUCCGAGGACAGAGUUGAGUGGACUGAAGUUGAAGAGCACUUCCACAACCUUGAGAUGACAUUGAAGAAACAAUCUGAAGAGCUUGAAGCCAAGGAGAAGAAAUUUGAGGAGCAGGAAGCUGAAACCUUUACUUUGCUUGUGGAGAGAGAGGCUACUGUGAUUGCUAAAGAGCAAGACCUGCUGGAUCGGGUGCAGGAGCUAAAAGAUGCAGCAGUUGCCGCUAUUGCAGAGGCAUGGGACAUUCACGAGGCAAAAGUUUUGGAAUUGAUGAAUAAUGGGAAUAACAAAGACAGCAAGGUAAGCAGGUCACUUGGUGAUACAAAUUCAGCACAGGAAGAUAUACCUACUAGAAAAAGUGAUAAUGCUAAGGGUAUGGCUAGUGAUAUUAAACCACGCCCAGAACUGAGGCAAUUUUGUGAGCAGAUGGAUGGUAAAGGGCUUCUGAAUUAUAUUGUUGAGAAUUUAAAAAAACAAAAUGUUGCUCGUCAGGAACUCACUAUUGCACUAGAAAGUGCAAGUGAACCAGUGCAAUUGGUGCUGGAUUCACUGGAGGGGUUUUACCCUCUUGAUGUAACUAACCAACCAGAGGGUAAGAAGGAUCCUGUCCUUCGGGGAAAGUGUAGAUCCUGUCUCAUGCUUAUGGAAGCCUUGACUACCUUAGUUGCAAAGGCUGAUCCAGGUGCUGAUCGCCUUUUGAACCCUGGGAUCAAGCAGCAAGCCAAAGCAAUUGCUAAUGAAUGGAAGCCUAAGUUGUUUAGUGGAGGUAAUGAUGCUGCCAAUGGACUGUCAUUGGAAGCAGAGGCAUUUUUGCAGCUUCUUGCAACUUUUAGGAUUGCUUCUGAGUUUGAUGACGAAGAACUCUGCAAGAUUAUUCUUGCAGCAGUUGCUCACCGCAGGCAGACACCUGAGCUCUGCCGCACCCUUGGUUUAACACACAAAAUGCCAGGUCUUGUUGAAUCAAUGAUCAGAAUUGGGAAACAAAUUGAUGCUGUGCAUUUUAUUCAUGCCUUUGAACUGUCUGAAAGUUUCCCGCCUGUACCACUCUUGAAGACAUAUUUGAAAGAACUGAGGAGGAAUUCACAAGGUGACGGCAAUGGAGACGCACAGGAGGAUGUUAAUGCAAAAGAGCUUUCUGGUCUGAAGGCUGUAGUAGGGUGUGUUCAAGAGUACAAGCUUGAAGCUGAGUACCCCCUCGAUCCACUGCAAAAAAGGCUUGCUCAACUAGAGAGAUCCAGAGCUGACAGAAAGAGAAAUGGUGACACUGGUAAACGCCAACAAGCCCCAAAGAAGCAAAAAGCCACAGGAAGAUGGCAUGGAUACCGUGGUGGGCCUGGUCUCGCCAUUGCCUCGCCCUCCACUGUCGCUAGGCUCGGCCAAAUCUCUUAUGCUGAUAGGCCAGUAUACUCCGGGUUGUCAGAGAGGUAUGGUCUCGCUGGUCCACGCACCUACGAUUAUCAAAUACCAACCCCGCCAGCUUAUACUCCACAAGCUAGUGAACAAAGGCUAUACUACUACCCCACAGAUGACAGAGUCGUACCAACAACUUCAUAUAACGCGGCUCCUGUUACUUAUGGCAGCUACAUUGGUACUGGAUUGCAGUCUCCACACCAGGCUUACAUGUAAUCCUCACCGGCAACAACUAUUAUAGACACCUCGCCGCUCCAGAGUUGACACUCUCGAAUCAGAUAUAACCAUUUUGAAUCUUCCUCAUCAGGGAUUGUAUUUUCAGUAUGCCUUGCACCUCAAUAUUUGGCUAUCUGAAUCCGGUGCCUAUUAUAUUCAGCCGAUACCGAUUUGUUAAAAUUCUGUUGUAAAUGAGGGAGUCCUGGUAGAUAGAAAGAAAUCAUCAGCCAA